AUGGCCACCCACGAUAUUGAGAAGCAGCCGGCAGCACAGUCGCAUAACCAAGGAGAAUCGAAACAUCCCGGCCUCUCGACAGGUCCAUACGAUCACGAUGUCCGAGCCCCACCCGUCAAUGCCGACAAGCUUGCCCGGAAUCUGUCCGCGCGUCAGGUUCAGAUGAUCGCCAUCGGCGGCACAAUCGGUACGGGUCUGUUCCUGGGUACGGGGAAGGCGCUGGCGACCGGUGGCCCAGCCUCUAUGCUGAUCGCGUACGCGAUUUGCGGCGGAAUCGUAUUCGUGACGAUGCUGAGUCUCGGGGAAAUGGCUGCGUUUAUUCCGGUUGCUGGGUCGUUUUGUACGUUUGCUGGUCGAUUCGUCGACGAUGCGUUAGGCUUCGCUUUGACUUGGAACUAUUGGUUUAAUGAUGCGGUCUCGACGGCGUCUGAUGUGAUUGCUCUGCAGCUGUUGCUGGAGUUCUGGACGGAUAAUUUCCCCGGAUGGGCGAUCAGUCUGAUCUUCCUGGUUAUAGUCAUUGCGUUGAAUGUGCUGUCUGUGAAGGUUUAUGGAGAGAUCGAGUAUUGGCUCAGUCUCUUGAAAGUCAUUACGAUCAUUAUAUUUAUCAUACUCGGCAUUGCGGUCAACUGUGGAGCAAAUAGGGAGCAUCGAUAUAUUGGUGAUAAGUACUUUUAUACCGGAGACGCGCCGUUCGUCGAUGGAAUCGGAGGGUUUGCAUCGGUCUUUGUCACAGCUUCCUUUGCUUUUGGCGGCACCGAGUCGAUCGCUGUUACCGCCGGUGAAACCAAGGACCCCGAUAAGAACAUGCCCAAGGUGGUUCGCAACGUCUUCUGGCGAAUCAUUCUAUUCUAUAUCAUUUCCAUUAUCAUCAUUGGCCUCAACGUGCCCUACAACUACCCAAACCUGUCCGAGGGCGACACCGCUACCAGCCCCUUCACCAUUGUCUUCACCCAGGCUGGCAGUGCCGUGGCCGGAAGCUUCAUCAACGCCGUGCUCAUGACCAGUGUUAUCUCCGCAGCGAAUCAUGCCUUGUUUGCCGGGUCUCGACUACUCUACACUCUCGCGGUUGAUGGCUACGCUCCUAAGUUCUUCGGCCACCUGAACCGCUUCCAGGUGCCUUGGAUUGCUGUCCUAGCUACCUCAGUCAUUAGUGGACUCUGCUUCGGAGCCAGCUACAUCGGCGCGGGUCAGCUCUGCAUCGUUGGCGUCUCCAACCAACUAUCCUGGACCUGCAUCGGUAUCGCGUCUCUACGCUUCCGCUCCGCCAUCCGUCGCCAAGGCCUCGAGCAUCUUCUCCCCUACAAGAACUGGACUUAUCCCGUCGGGCCUAUUAUCGCCAUAUGUCUCAACAUCGUCUUGAUUCUCGUCCAGGGCUGGAAGUGCUUUAGCCCACAUUUCAAACCUGUUGAUUUCGUCUCCUUCUACGUCGAGAUCCCUAUUAUGAUCGUCAUGUUCCUCGUCUGGAAACUAGUGAAGCGCACGAAAUUCGUCCGUCUCGACGAGAUGGAUCUCCUGACAGAUCGGUAUAACGUGGUUCAUGAAGACGGCGUUGAUCCUAUCACGAACCAUGAAUACGAAUCUCAUCAGCCUACCUCACGACGGGAGAAGCUUCUUGCGUCGAUGAAGGGCGAGGAGAAGGGCGUUUGGGCGAAAGUGAAGAGGGUGGGCAUGUGGCUUUUCUUGUAG